GGGCGGAGGCUUCUGGGAGUUGUAGUCGCUGGCGGUGGGCGCCGUCGGUAAGGAGACGUAGCUUUCGGCGUGGUCCACCCCAGCAGUUGGUUCGCGGCCGGGGCCGCAGGGGAUGGACGCUUCUUGGCGCCAGGUGGCCUCUGGCCGAGGCCGAGCCCGAGGACGGGCCGCCCCAGUCCCCUCCUCAGGAAAUGGAGUCCCUCUUGGCGGCGCAGGAGGAGGACCAGCCAAAGGGUCCCGGAGCGCGGUGCCCUCGGUCCCCCGCCCCGGCGGAGCAACGACCCUGGGCGCUGCAGGUCGCAGGCAGCCAUCAGCGGGAGGCGAAGCCCCGCAGACUCCGGGGGCCAGCGAGCUAACAUCUCAGAGGAAAUUUGAGGAGAUCAAGAAGGCCAACGAAGCUGCAGCCAGGAAAUUUGUGGAGGAGAACUGCAGUUCCUCCUCUGAAGAAGAGGGGGAUGAAGACUUGGAAGGGAAGCAGGGGAAAAUCGUCGCUAACACCUUCAUAUCAUACACUACCCACACAGAUGGUGAUAUACAUGAAUUAGAGCGAACAAAACAGUAUUUGAAUGAAGCUUUUCAGGCAGGGGCUAUGACGUGCCUUAUUUGUAUCGCUUCAGUGAAGAGAAACCAAGCAGUUUGGAGCUGCUCAGGAUGUUUCUGCAUAUUCCACAUGCCCUGUAUUCAGAAGUGGGCUAAAGACAGCCAGUUUCUUGUAUCUUCUGUGACAGAUGAGGAUUUUGGAAAGAAAGAUUAUCCUUGGCCAUGUCCAAAAUGUAGAUUUGAAUACAAAAGAUCAGAAACACCUACUAGAUAUUAUUGUUACUGUGGGAAAGUAGAAGAUCCACCUUUAGAUCCAUGGCUUGUACCUCAUUCCUGUGGCCAAGUUUGUGAGAGGGAAUUUAAGCCACCUUGUGGCCAUAAAUGUCUACUACUCUGCCAUCCAGGUCCCUGCCCUCCUUGUCCAAAGAUGGUGACAACUACUUGUUACUGUAAGAAAGCAAAACCUAUCCCUCGCAGGUGCAGUGCCAAGCAGUGGUCUUGUCAGCUGCCGUGUGGACGCAAGCUGCUUUGCGGGCAACAUAGGUGUGAAAAUCCUUGUCACGCAGGAAACUGUCAGCCUUGUCCAAGAGUUAGUAGACAAAAAUGUGUGUGUGGUAAAAAAGAAGCGGAAAGAAGUUGUGCGAGCCCAGUGUGGCACUGUGACCGAGUAUGUGGAAAGACACUGCCAUGUGGUUACCAUACAUGUGAGCAAAUUUGUCAUGUUGGUGCUUGUGGAGAGUGUCCUCGCUCCGGGAAGAGGUCAUGUCCAUGUCAGAAAUCAAAGUUUUCUUUGCCUUGUACAGAAGAUGUACCAACCUGUGGAGACAGCUGUGACAAAGUGCUUGAGUGUGGAAUCCAUAGGUGCUCACAGCGCUGCCACCGAGGACCUUGUGAAACAUGCAGACAAGAAGUGGAAAAGCAGUGUCGCUGUGGAAAGCAUACAAAGCGAAUGCCAUGUCACAAGCCUUAUCUUUGUGAAACCAAGUGUGUUAAAAUGCGGGACUGUCAGAAGCAUCAAUGUAGGCGAAAGUGUUGCCCUGGAAACUGUCUACCUUGUGAUCAAAAUUGUGGACGGACUUUAGGAUGUAGGAACCACAAGUGUCCAUCUGUCUGCCACAGAGGCAGUUGCUACCCAUGCCCAGAAACUGUAGAAGUGAAGUGCAGCUGUGGCAAUGCAAAGGUGACAGUACCCUGUGGGCGAGAGCGGACCACAAGGCCACCCAAGUGCAAAGAGCUGUGCAGUCGACCAUCGACGUGUCAUCAUACAAGUCAAGAAAAACACCGCUGUCACUUUGGCUCAUGCCCACCGUGUCAUCAACCUUGCCAAAAAGUUUUGGAGAAAUGUGGGCACACGUGUCCAGCUUCGUGUCAUGAUCAAGCAUUAGUGAGGCAGACUGGCAGGCAUCAGCCUAUAGGUCCUUGGGAACAGCCAGCCGAGCCAGCAUUUAUUCAGACUGCAUUACCUUGUCCUCCGUGUCAAGUUCCUAUUCCUGUAGAAUGUCUGGGGAAGCAUGAGGUGAGUCCUCUACCAUGCCAUGCUGUUGGGCCCUAUUCUUGCAAGAGACUUUGUGGCAGAAUGUUGCCCUGUCAGAAUCAUACAUGUAUGAAAGAAUGCCACCAAGUGACGGAAGUUGAUGGCCGUACUGGCAAAAAUAAGGCUGGCCCAGAGUGCCUCCAGUGUGAAGAAGGAUGCUCUAAACCCCGGCCUCUGGGUUGUCCUCACCCUUGUGUUUUGCCCUGUCACCCUGGAAAAUGCCCUCCUUGUGUUCAAAUGCUUAGAUUAAAAUGCCACUGCAAGAUUACAAGCCUCUAUGUGGAAUGUAGAAAAAUAACCACAGCUGAUAUAAAUGAAAAGAACCUCCUCAGUUGCUGCAAAAACCAGUGCCCCAAAGAGCUUCCUUGUGGCCACAGAUGCAAAGAAAUGUGUCAUCCUGGUGAAUGCCCCUUUAAUUGUAACCAGAAAGUAAAACUUAGAUGCCCUUGUAAGAGAAUAAAGCGGGAAUUGCCAUGCAAUAAAAUACGUGAAAAUCAGGUUUCAGUGGAAUGUGAUGCAACAUGCAGGGAGAUGAAGCGGAAAGCAUCUGAGAUUAAAGAAGCAGAAGCCAACGCUGCUCUGGAAGAAGAAAAACGAAGACAGCAGGCUGAACUGGAAGCUUUUGAAAACAGACUGAAGGGUCGCCGGAAGAAGAACAAGAGGAGAGAUGAGGUGGCAGUGGAGCCGUCUCUUUGGCAGAAGUACAGCCCCUACCUCCUUCCGGUGCUUGGAGUCGUGGUGGCAGCGCUUGUGUGGUACAUUGCCUAUGGUGUGGACUGAUGAUUCUUUCAACCUCUUCAUAUACCUCAGACUGGAGUUACGUGAACGUUCUGUUUAAGAUAUUCGAAAACGUGCGUUGUGGAACAUGAUACACGUUCACAGUUUUCUGUGUCCUUGUCUGGCUAUAGUUAGGACAGAUACUUAGCUUUAUCUGAGUUAGAACAGUUACCGGGGGCAGUGAAAGAAACUGUCUAAAGUCAGCAUGACUGCAGUUACAAAGCAGGUCAGAGAGCAUUGCACUUCCUUGGUCUUUUUUUCUGAUAAUUCCCAUGUUCAAUACUUCAUCCAUUUUGUGAAUUCAGAUAAAACUGAGCCAUAUGUGCAGCAACGGGGAUAUUUCUCUGGUUACUUACUGGGUACUUUUUCUUGAUCAUGUAACUUUGUACUUUUUUAAAGAAGUGAUUCUGUAAAGGAACCUUAAAUUCUAACAUAAGCCUUUAUAAUUAGAUUCUAGAUUAGUGUAUUAGAGAGGAAUUUUAUUUGUCAUUGAAGCAAAUUUUACACUGUAUUCCUCAGAAAAUACAAACAAAUGCCAGAUUAGAUUCCUUAUGGGAAGCUGUUUUUUUGUGCAAGAAGCUUUAACUGAAGUUGGCAUGUUUUGUAAAACUUGUUGUAUGUAUCUUUUUAUGAUAAUAAUAAAGGAAAACUAAUUUCUGAGCAA